CGCGUAUCGAUUUUUAACGCAUUUGUCGUAACGCAUCAUAACACUCAAUUAAUGCAGGCCUGAUACGCAGGCGCGGCAGUAAGGUGCUUUGAAAAGACCGGAGUAGUUUUCGUAUUUAUAUCUAUUUUUGGUUCAAUAGAAGUUCGUUUGCGAACGACACAUCCUGUCAUACAACGAGUCGCGCGCGCAGGGAAUUCUGCGCGCGCAGCACGCUGUAUAUCUUGCAUAUCUUAUCUUGCUGUGCCGUACGCAAGCCGUGUGAGUCGUGUUUUGAAAGGUGCUUGUUGCGCUAUUUAGCUUUUUAUUAUUUUGUUUCGGGCUUAUCGCAAUAUCCUCACUAAACUGUUCCACUGUCUGCUCUGCACUAUAUAAAAUAAUGUUCUUGAUUUUGUGAUUGGAAUAAUCACAGGUGAAUGUUAUUUCUGCAUAGUGAAAAAUAUUUUUUCAAGCAUGGCCCAAAGUUUUGAUGAUCUUAAUUUGCCAAAUGCGGUAGUUACGCGAAUUGCGAAGGAAGUACUCCCUGAAAAUGUUUCAAUUGGUAAAGAAGCGAGAACUGCAUUGGCGAAAGCUGCUUCUGUUUUUGUAUUGUAUAUAACGUCUGCAUCAAAUGCACUGGCGACGAAAAACAACAGAAAAACCAUUAAUGGGCUUGAUGUUAUUGAAGCAAUGCAUGAAACAGAUUUCCACAUGUUUGUUGAACAUUUGAAAGAAAAUCUCGAAUAUUUUAAAAAGAUACAACAAGAAAAGAAAGAUGCUGUAGUGAAACAAAAACUUCAAAAGGAUGGUGAAUCGAACUGUGCAGCUUCUAAUGAUAAUGCAGAUGAAAAUGACAUUGAAUAAGAAUUAGUUAUGAUAAUACUUGUAUUGUGUGCUUAAAUAUGAACAAUUGAAAUGUGCCAAUUCAUGUUUAUUUUAUAUGAGCUCAUGUAAUCCUUUGAGAAAAGGUGUCUUGGCAAGUGUGCAUAAGAGUAUUUGUGUCAGCAUAAUUGGUUGUUUCGAGAUAGUAAAAUAUAUUGUGAAAGCUGAUUUUGAGUGCCUGUGAUGUGAUAAUUUGUUUGUACAGCAAUGGUAAUUAAUAAGGUAUUGCGCUCUCUGCAAAUAAAAAAAAAUUUAAGGAUAUUGUAAUAUUUCAUAUUAAUUGUUGAGAGAUCUUGCUUUUUAGGAUGAUGGUAUGUUUUGGUAAGUACUAAUUUCUAAAUUCUACAACUGGCUUCUUUUUCUCAAAAACAUUAACACUGAUUUUUGAAAACUACCAUAUAACUGUCCCAAUGUUUGAGCUAUUGAUUAGAAAGAUAAGCUUUAUGAAAAUAAGUAGUUUUUUAUCCUAAAGAUUUUUUCUCUAAAAUUAGGGGUUGAAAAACUAAUGGGUAUGAAAAUGUCUAAAAUAGUGAUAGAUGUAGCCUUAUUAAUGGGGAAGAGUGAAAACAAUAUACAACCAUCAGAAAAAAACAUUUCAUUCAAGCAUUAUUUAGGCUUGUAACAGGAAGAGUUUGACUGUUCUUUGAACUUGUUCCUAUUCAGUGACAGCAAUGUGUCAAUUUGUUUGGGUAGGGAUGUAUUUUGAGUUUAUCAAGGUUUCCCUUUAGAUUAAAAGCAUAUAGGUAAACUGGUGUAUAGGAAGACAAUUUCCGAAGGCAUAUUAUUUUCAUGUUGAAAGCUUUUUAGAUAUUUACACAUAUUUUAUUUUAAAUAUUAUUACAUUUCUAUGAUUGAAAUUAGUGAUUUAUUUUCUCUUUGGGAACUUCAUUGAAAUAGGUAAGAGGAGCAAAAGGAUGCUGAAAGAGAAAUGGUGGUGGCACUUAAAGACUAAUUGAUUAAACUGUUAGCAUUUUAAAAUGUGGAUGACCAAACUAAAUAAAUGUCCAUUGCUCUUGAGGGUCACCUCUGUUCAUGACAAGAAACAUCAAAGAUUUGACAUGCAUUUUUCAAAAUCCUAUAGAUUUAAUGGACCAGGGGUCAAAAAAUUGUUAACUUCUGGUUCCAUGAGCAAUUGCCUUGUUUACCCAUCUCAGAUUUGAAUGUUUGCUUCACUGAGUAUUUGUAAAGAACAGUGGGCUGCUAGAGGUUGACUGGAAAACUUUUGUUUUUAGUCAACCUCUAGCAGGGUUGAAAGGUUGAAAUUUUAGUAACUUGCAAGUUUUGAAGAUAAACCAAUGCAUAUUUCUGUAAUCUGGUAUUCUUUCUUUCCUUAAAAAUGUAUUUACUUUGAAAUGCUUAUCAUCUCAAGUUUGACAAUACUGUCUGAAUUUUCUGUAAUCAAAGUGGAAGAGGUGUAUGCAGCUGUGAGUUUGUGAGCAAGAAAUCUAGCAACCCUUUGAGAAUACAGAACCAUUUGUUAUCAAAAAUUGUAAAUGUGUCUGAAAAUUGUCUUCAUUUCUUAACAACUUUUCUUUAUCAGUUGGUUGCCCUAAGCAUAGUAUGUGUGGACUGUCAUUGUUUCAGAUUGACAAUUUAGACUUAUUAUUACUAUACACAAAGGACUUUCAAAAAAGGAUUAUCAAGUUUUGUAAAAUUAUAAAUAUAUUUGAUUUGAGAAUUAAAAAUCUGUUCACGGUAUUGGACAUCUCAUUUCCAGCCUCUAACUCAACAUGGAAUUGCUAGAGUACGUGGGUCCAUUGCAAGACAAUAGUGAGUUGGGAGUCUCGCGAUGGACCCACGUGCUCUAGCAACUACAUGUGGGGUUGGGUGUGGAGCAUGAAAUGAGACGUUACCUGUAUGAUUAUUAGUAAGGUGUGUACUUCCUAUAUAUUUGUGGUGUUUUAUGUAUCCUAGUUUAUAUUUUUAAAUUUGUUUUGGUUUUAUUUGUGUUAAUUAUUCAACAAUCAAUUUAUUGUAAUGUAUGUUGUGCUCAUGCACUGUUCAUUGUUUACACUGUAGCCCUUAUGAAGAAAUUAUAUAUUUCGAAACAUUGGCGUAACUACUAGUUUCUCUAACCACAUUGACAAAUCCCAAGAACAGAUUUUUAAUUCUUUAUUCUUCAAUGGUCGUGCUUAUAUGGUCAUAUUUGGUCAUAUUUAAUUUGAUUUAUUUAGUCAAAGAACAGUAGAAAAAACUGUAUGUGAAGUAUGAGGGAGAAUUUCAUCUGCAAGUUCUCUUGAGCUCCAGAAUUCCUUCCCAACAUUUUAAACAUAAAUAAUUGAAAGAUGAAUAAAAGUUUAAAAAAUAAAAUUAUAAUGAUAACAUAAAAUUUAAAAAGUGUGAGCCAUUUUCAUUCCCAAAUUAUAGAAAACUUACUUACAUCAGUAAACAAACAGGAUAUUUGAUUUUUUGUGCAUAAUUAACAAAAUAGUAAUUUGGCCCCUUCUCUACUCCUACCACUACAAAGAAAAACAGAGCUCAAUGAAACAUACACGUAAUGAAGCUACAUUUUUGUUCAGAAGCAAAACAAGGAGCAACCUCAGCAUUUGCUCAAAAGGUCAGGGUAACAGGACGAGAACCUGAUCGAGAUGGGAUUAUUGUCUGCAAAUCUGAAGUACAUUACGUUACAAACAUAUUAAGUUUUUUUAAAGAUUAUACUAUACAAAGGUAAAAUUUUAUUUGAAUUCUUUAAUUAUUGUAUUUUAAUCUUUUCAAUUUAUUAUUUUUUCUAUCAAAAGGUCCUACUAUAAAAAAUAUGAUUAAUUUAACUGCAAUUGAAAUAUAUUAGUGAGAGUAGGUGUUCUAAUAUAACAUAUGCCUGUAUGAACCAAAUAUAUUUAUAAUGCUGUAUCUUCAUCUUUAUUUGUCAUUUAGAGAAUGUUAUACAUUUGCAUGUACUACCUACUUUGCAGAACAAUUAAGAGGCAAAUC